AUGCCGCUGAGCGAUCUGGCACGUCUUCAGCAGGGCCAAGCUUCUGCUCAAGCUGAUCGAGCGCUGCCUAACGAGCCUUUCCUCAUCAGCGACGAGCCUGCUCGCAAGCUCCGUGCUGACGAGGCACACGAGGCACUCGUCCCUUCCCUCCUCGCCGUCCCCGUGGCCUUUGGCGUCAACGGCGUGACCGCCCUGGCAGAAGGGAGCAUCCAGGACAAGGCUCUGCCCGAGGAUGUGUUUGUCGUGUUCUCCUUCAUCUCCGCCGUCGACUUGAUCAUCUCGCUGGAGGAGGAUGGCUACAUCUCUGGCUUCGCAGAGGUCUUCGUCAGAGAGGGCGAGCCCUACCUGCGCACGGCACACGGCAUCAUGAUCUGCUACUGGGACGGCGUCGUGCACUACGGGCUCUACCUCGCCAUGAUCGUGGCCAUCGGCCGGAGAAAGAGCUACAGGAACCUGGGUCUCUUCUGGCUGGGCUCGCUGAUGAUGAGCAUCGUCGUCUUCCUCCUUGGGAACCUGAUAGGGAAAUACAGCUCCGACCUCAGCCCUGCCUUCCUGCUCAACCUGCCCUACGUCCUCAUCCCCGCCUGGGCUGGGGCGAGGCUCUUCCAGCAGCCCAAGGCGCUGCCGUGCUUCAGCCCCGAGAAGGUUGCAGAGGAGCAGCGCAAACGCCUGUACCAGCGGCCCCAGGACGCGGGGCUGGUCCUGCUCCUGCUCCUCGCUGCCCCGUUCACCUUCUUCAGGGGGAUGGUGGUUUUGGACUGUCCCGCCGAUUCGUGCUUCGAGUACAUCUACACGUGGUCCCCCGCCGCCUGUCCCACGCCCUCAGGCCACCUUGUCCCCACCAUGGGUCCUGCCUGUGUGCCAGCGCUGCCGGGGAUGAAGGCAGGGGCAAGCUUGGGGACAGGGACUCCCCUGAGCUCGGUGUCCCUCGCAGAGGGUGGGAGCAGGGCCGUGGUUGUGCAAACGGCCCCGGGGGACCCGGCCGAGAUCCGCCUCAAGUGGACCAAGGUGACGGAGCCGAUGGCCUUCGUGGACGUGUUUGUGGCGCUGGGGAAGGCGCGGCGGGGGGGGGGGGCCUACCGUGGCCGCACGGCUCUGCAGGAGGACGGCUUCGGCGACGCCUCGCUCAUCAUCCGCAACGUCACCCUGCAAGACUACGGCCGCUACGAGUGCGAGGUCACCAACGAGCUCGAGGAUGACACCGGCAUGGUCAAGCUGGACCUCGAAGGUAGCGGCGUGGCUGUGCCGGGGAGGAGGGACAGGGACAGGGACAGGGAGGAGGACCCCGCGUCUCCCCGUACCCGGUACGGGAUGGCCAGGACACAGUUCCCGGUUUACGGGCUGGCAGCUAAUAAACCCAAGGGACAGGGAGGAGGACCCCGCGUCUCCCCGUACCCG